UGAACUCUGACCUUGGUUUCAAGGUCACUUACGUUUUAAUUAAUAUUUCAUGAAAUUCUUACUUUCAAAGAGAUUCUGGGAUAAUUUUACAUAUAUAUGUAUACAUAGAUAUCCUCACGACAAUAUGAACGAAUGACUAUCUUUAUUUUUGGAGAUAUUUUAGUUUCAAAGUAAAUAGGUCAUACAUCCGGGUGAGAGGAUCUCAAACAAAAUGGCGAAUAGAACUGUAAAAGAUGCCCACAGCGUGAAAGGGACAAAUCCUCAAUAUUUAGUGGAAAAGAUCAUCCGAACACGUAUUUAUGAAUCUAAAUACUGGAAGGAGCAAUGUUUUGCGCUCUCGGCCGAACUGCUUGUAGACAAGGCAAUGGAGCUGAAGUAUAUUGGAGGUGUUUAUGGUGGUAAUGUGAAGCCUACCCCAUUCCUCUGUCUUGUCCUCAAGAUGCUACAGAUCCAACCUGAAAAAGAUAUCGUCAUAGAGUUCAUCAGGAACGAAGAUUUCAAGUAUGUCCGUGCCCUUGGUGCCUACUACCUGAGGUUAAUUGGAACCUCACUCGACUGUUAUAAAUAUCUAGAACCUCUUUACAAUGACUAUAGGAAAAUAAAAAGACAAAACAGAAUGGGAGAUUUUGAACUUGUACAUAUGGAUGAGUUCAUUGACGAGCUACUAAGAGAGGAGCGUGCAUGUGAUGUCAUACUCCCAAGAAUACAAAAACGUCAGAUCUUGGAAGAGGGCAAUGAGCUAGAUGCUAGAGUCAGUGCACUCGAUGAUGAUCUGGAGGAGUUUGAAUCUUCCUCUGAAGAUGAAGACAUGGAAAAGGAUGUCCCCGACAAGAGAGCAAACUAUGAUCUCGAUAAACCACGAAGAAGUCCAUCACCACGAUUCAGACGUAGCCGCAGUCGCUCACCUAGGAAAGAACGAGAAAAUCGUGGAGAUCGAGAUAGACGGGAACGAAGGCGGAGUAGGAGUCGUGAGAGACACAGAGACAGAGAUAGAGACAGAGAUCGACGACAUCGCUCCAGAUCAGGAGACAGACACGACAGACAUGAUAAAGACAGAGAACGUAAACAUAAGAGUAAACGUGAACAUAGAGACAAAGACAGAUCACAUAGAGACAGGGACAAACAUAAGUCUUCAAAAUCAAGUUCUAAUGAGGACCCAGAAAUUGCAGAAGCAAAUAGACAACGGGCUGCCUUGGGUUUAGCUCCCCUAAGGAUGUAA